UUCUUCUCGGGCAAGAGAAGCCCUCCGGACAGCCUCUGGAGAGUCUCCGAGUUCCUGCAGCCCUCGGUGGACAGUGUCCGCUAGUAAACUCUGCAGAGAAGCCACCGUGCCCGAGGCAGUCCCAGGAUGCGGCCAGGACAGGCAGGGGGCGCGCGGACGCUGCUGCAGCUGGUACUCGCACUUGGCCAAGGCAUUUUGAAUUGUCUGGCAUACAAUGUUGGUGUCCCUGAAGCAAAAAUAUUCUCUGGUUCUUCAAGUGAGCAGUUCGGCUAUGCGGUACAGCAGUUCAUAACUCCAAAAGGCAACUGGUUACUGGUGGGUUCACCCUGGAGUGGUUUUCCUGAGAACCGAAUGGGAGAUGUGUAUAAGUGUCCUGUUGACCUCUCCACGGCCACGUGUGAAAAACUAAAUUUGCAAACUUCCACAAGCAUGCCAAGUGUGACCGAGAUGAAAACCAACAUGAGCCUUGGCUUGACCCUGUCAAGGAACGUGGGGACCGGAGGGUUUCUCACAUGCGGUCCUCUGUGGGCACAGCAGUGCGGAAAUCAGUAUUAUACAACCGGCAUCUGUUCUGAUGUCAGUCCUGAUUUCAAGCUCUUGUCCAGCUUUUCACCUGCAGUACAGGCCUGCCCUUCGCUUAUAGAUGUUGUGGUAGUGUGUGAUGAAUCAAAUAGUAUUUAUCCUUGGGACGCAGUAAAGAACUUUUUGGAAAAAUUUGUUCAAGGCCUGGAUAUUGGACCCACAAAAACACAGGUGGGAUUGAUUCAAUAUGCUAAUAACCCAAGAGUUGUGUUUAACCUGAACACAUUUGAAAACAAAGAUGACAUGAUUGUAGCAACAUCCCAGACAUACCAACAUGGUGGGGACCUCACAAACACAUUCAAAGCAAUCCAAUUUGCGAGAAAUUUUGCUUAUUCGGCAGCUUCUGGUGGACGUCCAGGAGCCACGAAAGUCAUGGUCGUCGUCACUGAUGGAGAAUCACAUGAUGGCUCAACGUGGAAAGCUGUGAUUGAUCAAUGCAACGAUGAUAACAUACUGAGGUUUGGCAUAGCAGUUCUUGGGUACUUAAACAGAAAUGCCCUUGAUACUAAAAAUUUAAUAAAAGAAAUCAAAGCCAUUGCCAGUAUCCCAACAGAAAGAUACUUUUUCAACGUGUCUGAUGAGGCAGCCCUACUGGAAAAGGCUGGGACAUUAGGAGAACAGAUUUUCAGCAUUGAAGGUACCGUUCAGGGAGGAGACAACUUCCAGAUGGAAAUGUCGCAAGUGGGAUUCAGUGCGGAUUACUCGCCUCAAAACGAUAUUCUGAUGCUAGGUGCAGUAGGAGCUUUUGGAUGGAGUGGGACAGUUGUCCAGGGAACAUCUCAGGAACAUUUGAUUUUUCCAAAGCAAGCCUUUGACCAAAUUCUGCAAGACAGAAACCACAGCUCAUAUUUAGGUUACUCAGUGGCUGCGAUUUCUACUGGACAAAGCAUCCAUUUUGUGUCUGGAGCUCCUCGGGCAAAUUAUACUGGCCAGAUAGUGCUCUACAGUGUUAAUGAGAAUGGCAAUGUCACAGUUAUUCAGACUCACCGGGGUGACCAGAUUGGCUCCUACUUUGGUAGCGUGCUGUGUUCCGUUGAUGUGGAUAAAGACACCACCACAGAUGUGCUCCUGGUAGGUGCUCCAAUGUACAUGAACGACCUAAAGAAAGAGGAAGGAAGAGUCUACCUGUUUACCAUCAAGAAGGGAGUUUUGGAUCAGCACCAGUUCCUGGAAGGGCCUGAGGGCGCUGAGAAUGCACGGUUUGGUUCAGCGAUUGCAGCUCUUACGGAUGUCAACAUGGAUGGUUUGAAUGAUGUGAUCGUUGGUUCGCCUUUAGAAAACCAGAACUCCGGAGCUGUGUACAUCUACAACGGCCGCCGUGGCCCGCAGAGCACCAUUCACACGAAGUACUCUCAGAAAAUCUUGGGAUCCGACAGUUCCUUUCCGAGCCGUCUCCAGUACUUUGGGAGAUCCCUGGAUGGCUAUGGGGAUUUGAAUGGAGAUUCUAUCACUGAUGUGUCUGUUGGUGCUUUAGGUCAAGUGGUUCAACUCUGGUCACAAAGUAUUGCUGAUGUAACGGUGGAUGCUUCGUUCACUCCAGAAAAAAUCACUCUGUUGAACAAGAACGCUCAGAUACUGCUCAAGCUCUGCUUCAGUGCCAAGUUUAGACCCAACAGCCCUGACAGUCAAGUGGCCAUUGUGUAUAAUAUCACACUUGAUGCAAAUGGAUUUUCAUCCAGAGUAACCUCCAGAGGCUUAUUUAGAGAAAAUAAUGAAAGGUGCCUGCAGAAACACAUGAUAGUGAACCAACUCCAGAGCUGCUCUGAGCAUGUGGUUCACAUACAGGAGCCCUCUGAUGUUGUCAACGCUUUGGACCUGCAUGUGAACAUCAGUCUGGCAAACCCUGGCACUAGCCCUGCCCUGGAAGCCUAUUCUGACACUGCCAAGGUCUUCAGUAUUCCUUUCUACAAAGACUGUGGUGGUGAUGGGCUUUGCAUCUCAGAUCUGGUUCUCAAUGUCAAACAGCUGCCAGCUGCCCAGGAACAACCUUUUAUUGUCAGCAAUCAAAACAAACGGUUAACAUUUUCAGUAACACUGAAAAACAAAAAAGAAAGUGCAUACAACACCAGAAUUGUGAUUGACUUUUCAGAAAACUUGUUUUUUGCUUCCUCUUCUCUGCCGGUUGAUGGGACGGAAGUGACAUGCCAGAUUGCUUCAUCUCAGAAGUCUGUCACCUGCAACAUAGGCUACCCUGCUUUAAAGGAACAACAGCAGGUGACUUUUACUAUUAACUUCGACUUCAAUCUUCAAAACCUUCAGAAUCAGGCAUCUGUCAGUUUCCGAGCCAUAAGUGAAAGCCAGGAAGAAAACGUGGCAGAUAAUUCAGUCAGCCUCAGAAUACCUCUCCUGUAUGAUGCGGAGAUUCACCUGACCAGAUCUACCAACAUCAAUUUUUAUGAAAUAUCAUCGGAUGGGAAUGUUCCUUCGAUCGUGAACAAUUUUGAAGAUAUUGGUCCAAAAUUCAUCUUCUCCCUAAAGGUAACAACAGGAAGUGUCCCUGUCAGCAUGGCAUCUGUGAUCAUCCACAUUCCUCAGUAUACCAAAGAAAAGAACCCCCUGAUGUACCUGACUGGGGUGCACACGGGACAGACUGGUGACAUCCAUUGUGAUGCAGAAAUAAAUCCACUGAGAAUUGGCCAAGCACCAUUUCCUGUAUCUUUCAAGAGUGAGAAUUUUCGGCAGAUGAAAGAAUUGAAUUGCAGAACUGCCUCGUGUAGUAACAUCACCUGCAGGCUGACAGACCUUCCCAUGAGAGGAGAGUACACCAUCAAUGUGUCCACCAGGAUCUGGAACUGGACUUUUGCAGCAUCAUCUUUCCAGGCGGUACAGCUGACAGCGGCCGCGGAGAUCGACACUCACAACCCUCAGAUAUUCGUGAUUGAGGAAAACACCGUCACGGUCCCCCUGAUGCUAACAAAGCCUGGCGAGAAGGCAGAGGUGCCAACGGGAGUCAUAGUGGGGAGUAUAAUUGCUGGGAUCCUUUUGCUGUUAGCUCUGGUUGCAAUUUUAUGGAAGCUUGGCUUCUUCAAAAGAAAAUAUGAGAAGAUGACCAAAAAUCCGGAAGAGCUGGAUGAGACCACGGAACUCAACAGCUGAACACCCCAGUAGCCACUGCAGUGGGUAAACACGGCCCUGUCUCCUGUGGGGCCUGCUGCUGCCCUGGGCAUGCAUGGACUGCUUUUCAACUCUUAGGCUUUUUGGUUUUGAAAUAAUGUAAAGGGGGAAGACUAGCCUGAUAUUUUAAAAGAAACUGCUGGUCAGAUUGGAAUGAAGAAAUUUUAAGUGGGGUGGGAAAUGGGUAAGACUUGCGGGGGGAGGGCAUUUUUUUUAAGUUGGCUGGUCCAAAGUUUACGUUCUAAUGUGUGUUCCAUCAGGAACAUGAAAUGCUUCCAAGCAUGACAAGUCCUAAAGGAAGACAUUCUGCUUCCUCUGCCUUUGGACUGCAAGUUAAAGUGGGAGUACACGGUAUACAUAUGUGUAUGCAUGCAUACGCAGUUCUGUGCACAAAGUAUUCAUGUUAUAGAGUGAGAGAUUACUACAUUUAACAUGCAUCAUACAUUAUACUGAUUACUUCCACAUAUUUAUACAACUAUGAAUACUGAUGCUACCCAGACCAGAGUGGUUUUUAAAGUUAUGCUGUUCACCCAAAGUUGCUGCAAGGUUUAAGUGGUAAUCUUAUUUAUAAGUUAAGUAAAAUUGGCUGCUUCUCCAAGUACCUUGCUAGCUUUAUUAAAACAUGCCUGAAUAACUCAGAGGGACUUCCAAGUAUAGCCUCUAUUGAAAUCUCUAUGUUGGAGGAGGGGACAGUUUAGAAGCUAAGGCACAAAAUAAUUGCCUAAGAGCUAUUUACGAUAAAACCAAGCCUGUGGUAGAUAAGGAAGGAGGAAGUUCAUUCUUUUAGGCCAUGAUUAGCCUAAACUUUAGGAAGAUGAGUAAUUUCUUGGCAACCUCUGCCCGCAGGUGCCCCUCAGCCUGCCUUCCUCUGUAGGGGUCCCAAGCUAGCCACCUACCUGCCUGCCUUUACCCUCAGGUAAGCUGUCUUCCAUCAGGUAUCUGUUGGGGGAAAAGUAAUAUUUAAUUCACACAAGUGUGUGAAUUAUUGUAUAUAAACUCCUUAAUUUCAAGGAGCUAUUUUCUUAUUUACUAAGAAAAAUGAGCCUGAGGAAAUUCCCACAUGUUGGGAUUUCUGGCAGUAUAAACAAGAAACAACAGCAGCAUCUUGGGUAAUGACAGGGAGAUGUGGCGAAGCUUUGGAAACCUCCACGGUGCACCUCUUUCCAGAGUGAAGUGCACGUGGGCAGGUCUGUUCAACAGGGACCCUCCUUGGCCCUAGUGCCCAAGAGUCUCACUUAUGGUGGGCCAAGGCACAGAACUUAGCUUUUGUCAUGAUGAUGUGAAUGGAUUGCAUUUUGAGAACCACUACCCAUGUCUGCUUUUUGUGCCUCAUUUCCUCUUCUUCUGAGCCCAGAUAUUGUCUAGUUUGGGCCACAGUGACUUGCACGGCAACGGCAAGGACUGUUCUGGGCCAGAUGUUGCAUACCUAAAUCAUGGACAGGUCUCCGCCUCUCUAGACUUCAGGGUCCUCAUCAUAAAUUGGGAAGGCUGGACUGGAGCUGAGCGGCACCACUUGUUUACAAAAAAACCAUCUCGAUUUACUAGAAUACAAACAAACAGCUCAGAGAAAUGCAGGUCCUUGCCUGGGUACUUCUGGAUGGCUCUGCCCUCUUAGGGCUGGCCGCCCACAGCUAUCUGGACAGCUUAAUGAUUUACUUUGUAUUUGACAAAGUAGAGCAAACAGGAAUUUAGAAAACAUCAAUUAAGCAUAAAAUGUCAAACGUUUAUAGCAAAAACAGCUUGGUGUUCUCUAGCUGGUUCUGCCAAAGCUCGUUUCUUUUAGCAGCUCUGUAGAUUCACUGUUUCCUUCCAGCCAGAAUCUGGUUAAACGUUUCUCUGCCGUUUUAAGUUGAAAAUAUCUAAGUCACAUAGCCAGUAUGGACAAGGUCUUCAGAAAGCGGAUGGAAAACACAGAGAGUGAAGAUUCAGGAUUGUAAAAUUAUCUUACGCCAAAAUAAACAUCAUGUAGAUUCAAUUUUCCAAGCUUUCUGAAGUCCCUCUGUAGAUGCAUGCGAAUUUUCCAAUGAACUAUAUAAACAGAAUGUGUCAUUUCCUUUUUCCACUUCUCUGCUGCACCUUUCUAGGAUAAAGCAAUAAGCAAAGGGCAAGGCCAAUGGAGCCCAAGAGCCUUGGUUGUGACACUAGGAGCCUCAGCUACAAUCUUCCACGGCAGUAGGUCAUUAUUCUGAACUCACACACUAGCCCCUGGAGCAGGCUUUGUGAGCCUCAGCACUAGUGACCUCGUGGACCAGGUGACUGUCUCCUUGUGGUGGGGGCAGGGUCACCCUGUGCCUCUCCAGGGCAGCACCUCCUGCUGCAGUCAGAUGACUAAGAAAAAAUGAGGUUUCUGGCCAUUCCCAAGGGACUCCUGGGAGGAGUCACUUAAGCACAGGUGAACGUCACCCCAGAAAUUCAGAGGGGGUAAAAUAUCUUUAAAAAGUGUUCUAUUGAGCCACAUUUUUGCUUGAAAAGCAGAGUAGAGGGCUUAAAAGACUGCAAAUUAAAAUUUGCAUUUCAUAAAUAACAGACAAAGUCUAGGGAAUUUGGUUAAAAAUUGAGUUUUAUGCAUGGCUACUACAAAAACCUUGUAACAUAAAGUAGCUUGAUGAAAACAAACCUGUAUUAUAACUUUAAAUUGUGUAUCACUUCAAUAAACCUGGACGAAUUCUGUCCAGCUGGCAGUGCUGUAUUUUCAAAAAGGUUGAAGUUAUUUAGCUGUGAAAAAUAAGUAAAACUAUAGCAAAUGUAUGGCCCAAUAUGCAAUUAUAAAGUUUUACAUAUGUAUUCAUUUGAUUUACCAUUAUAAACUAAAAAUCUCAAGAAUUAAAGACAAAAUCCCUUCAACUAAGCUUUUUGACCCAUCUUUGAUAACUGUACCAUACAGCAAUUAUAUACAGUUUAGGACUAUGCCCUUUGUGUAUAUUCAGGCAUGUUUGUUUUAAUCAAGGAUUAACACCCUAAAGUAAUGGCUACUAUGUAAAUAGUUUCCUAAGUACUGAAUUAUUUUAGUGGAUGAAGUCAAAACGUAAGUGUAUAUGUUGUACAGUUAGCAUAGAAUGACAUUUUUUAAUGAAAUCCUUAUUUUCCUCCCAACAGUGCAUGCCUUUGAUGUGAAGUUUUUCUUUGCAGAAAAAAAAAAAACCUGUAAAAAGUGAAUGUAUGCAUGAGUGUCUCUCAGAAGUUGAAACUGUGCAACUUGAUGUAGCAAUGGACAUAACUACUCAGUGUGUUUUCUCAUAGAAAAGUGAAGCUCAAACCGCAAAGUUGUAUUUAAUUGUAAACUAUUUAUAUAUUAACGUCUGUUUUGGGGGGCCCCGCACUGUGUUGCAGCAUGUUAGACUGCCACUUGCAAUGCUGACCCCCCACAGCAACGUCUGAUCAUGUGCCUGGGGAAGGCAGUGGCUUCGGCCUGGCCCGGGUCGGGCACUUAGCUGCUGUCUGUCCCUGUCACUCUGCCCUUUAAAUAAAGUUUUUUUUUUUUUUUU